UAUUUACUAUCAUCUCAUUUCUCAAUUUCUUCCAGCAUUUGAAUAUUUCAAGUUGCUUCUACCAUUGAUGGAUUCCAAGAAUGUGGGGAAAGCCCGGGAAUUCGAAGAAGAGGCCUUGGAUUCGAAUGUGAGAGAUAAUACUACUACAGAGAGUAGUGCGUACUCGAGGGCUGAUAUGAUUGAUUUCAAGACAUGGGAUGUGCAAUUGGAGAAGCAUUUGAACCGGGCCUGGCCCAGAAACACCUCGUCCCGAAACCAGCCCGAGGAAUGGGAGAUUGAUCUGGCUAAGCUUGACAUCAAGAAUGCCAUUGCUCAUGGCACCUAUGGCACUGUUUAUAAAGCUGUUUAUGAUGCCCAAGAUGUUGCAGUUAAGGUAUUGGAGUGGGGGGAGGACGGUAUGACCACGCCUGAUGAGAGCGAUGCUCUUCAGACAUCUUUUCGACAAGAAGUAGCUGUUUGGCAUAAGCUCGACCAUCCUAAUGUUACUAAGUUCAUUGGUGCCUCAGUCGGAACUACAAACCUUAAGCUACCUUCUGAAGGGACUUUAGCUGCUAGUCUCAAUUCGCUGCCAUCUAGAGCAUGUUGUGUUGUGGUAGAGUACGUUUCUGGUGGGACGUUAAAGAAGCUCUUGAUUGCGAAUAACAGGAAGAAAUUGGCAUUCCAGACUGUGGUUCGACUUGCUCUGGAUCUUGCUAGAGGCUUGAGUUACCUCCACUCCAUGAAAAUCGUGCACCGUGAUGUCAAGACAGAGAACAUGUUGCUCGAUGCUCUCGGAACUCUGAAAAUUGCGGAUUUUGGUAUGGCUCGAGUUGAGGCUCAGAAUCCGAGGGACAUGACUGGAAACACCGGAACUCUUGGCUACAUGGCUCCGGAGGUUCUUGAUGGGAAGCCAUACAAUAGGAAAUGUGAUGUGUAUAGUUUUGGCAUAUGCUUGUGGGAAAUAUACAGCUGCAACAUGCCUUAUCCUAAUUUGAGCUUUGCUGAAGUCUCUGCAGCUGUAGUUCAACAGAAUCUGAGGCCAGAAAUUCCAAGAUGCUGCCCAGCACUAUUCGCAAACAUCAUGCGUAGAUGUUGGGAUGCGAAGCCCGAGAAUCGGCCUGAGAUGGACGAGGUUGUGAGGAUGUUGGAAGCAGUGGAGACGAGCAAAGGUGGUGGGAUGAUACCGGACGAUGAGGCAAGUGGUUGCUUUUGUAUUAGAGCUAGUCGUGGCCACUGAGGCCGCGACCUAGUUUUUUGCUUUCGUAUUAGAACUGGUCGAGGCCUGUUAGGCCGCAGCCUGGUUUAUUAACAUGGUUCGUGUGCAAGUCUUGAACCAAUUAAAAUUUGAGUGAAAUGCCAUUCAUUUUGUUCUUUCUGGGUGAAUUGGCUCAUAAUCAUUGAUCAUUGUUUGUAAGUUCACAUAAUAUGAGAAUAAUAAUGCAUUAUUUUGGAGA